AGGCUGAGCCACUCUCCCUAUCCUCCCCGCCUUCCGCCCUUACCCAAGAUGGCCGCGGCCAGGGGGCUGCCCGCGGGGGCGGGGAGCCGCGCCCCGUCCGGCGGCUGAGCGGCCCCGCCCGCAGCGCCGCCGGGCCCCGCGCCGCCGCCAUGUUCUCCUUCAACAUGUUCGACCACCCGAUCCCCCGCGUGUUCCAGAACCGCUUCUCCACGCAGUACCGCUGCUUCUCCGUGUCCAUGCUGGCCGGGCCGAAUGACAGGUCAGAUGUGGAGAAAGGCGGGAAGAUAAUUAUGCCACCUUCUGCUCUGGAUCAACUCAGCCGACUUAAUAUUACUUACCCGAUGCUAUUUAAGCUGACGAAUAAAAAUUCAGACCGAAUGACACACUGUGGAGUGCUCGAGUUUGUGGCUGAUGAGGGCAUAUGUUACCUGCCACACUGGAUGAUGCAGAACUUGCUGCUGGAAGAGGGAGGCCUGGUACAAGUGGAGAGUGUUAAUCUUCAAGUUGCUACUUACUCGAAAUUUCAGCCACAGAGUCCUGAUUUUCUUGACAUCACCAACCCCAAAGCUGUAUUAGAAAAUGCAUUGAGAAACUUUGCUUGUCUAACUACUGGGGACGUUAUUGCCAUCAACUACAAUGAGAAGAUCUACGAGCUUCGGGUAAUGGAGACCAAACCAGAUAAGGCUGUGUCCAUCAUAGAAUGUGAUAUGAAUGUGGAUUUUGAUGCUCCUUUGGGGUACAAAGAACCAGAAAGAAGUGCACAACAUGAAGAUACCGCAGAUGUUGAAGCAGACCACAGUGGAUAUGUGAGUGACGUAGGAUUUCGUGCAUUCUCUGGUUCCGGGAACAGAUUGGAUGGCAAGAAGAAAGGUGUUGAGCCUAGUCCAUCACCAAUUAAACCAGGAGAUAUUCGAAGAGGAAUACCCAACUAUGACUUCAAGAUUGGUAGAAUCACGUUCAUUAGAAACUCACGUCCACUCGUUAAGAAAGUUGAAGAGGAUGAAUCUGGAAGUCGGUUUAUUGCCUUUUCAGGAGAAGGCCAGUCCCUGCGCAAAAAGGGAAGAAAGCCCUAAGUUGUGUAUCCAUCAGUCAGUUAGGAGGAAAAUAAAAUAACAAUUGCAGCAUAAUGGAUCUUAGUUAUUGCAGUUGCAACACAGGAACACUGUGCUGUCACACUGUCUUAAUUUUCAGUCGAAAAUUAAGUUCUAGGAAUUCUGAAGCGGUCCUUUGUAUCUGUUGUAAAGAGGGAAAGCCUAUCUUGGAUGAAGCUGAGAAGGAAAACCAAGCAGUUCUACCUUACUAAAAGGUCUGAUUGUUAGAGUACAUCCUACCCUCUUAUAUCCUGAGUGAUGAUGGUCUCCUGUUGCUCUGUGCUUGAUAUUUUCCUCUAUCUAAGUUUUGCCACAAUUUCAGGUAAGCUUUUUGGUGUGGUGCAAAUGAAGUCUAACACUUAGGCGUGCAGGGAGUCUCUUUGAUCUUAGCUUCAGGUGUUGGGUUACGAUGCAGCCUAAGGAAUCCCAGGCUCUGACACAGACCCCUGUAAUUGCUUUUUAUAUUUAUAAUUAAUAACAUGCCAUUUAAUAGUUGAGAUACCGUAACCAGUUGUAGGAAACUGAUGGCAGGCGUAGGGAGAGGCAGGACCUGGCUGUCUGCCCGAGGACACAGAGCCCUGCCUGCAGGAACCUGGCUUCCACCACACCCGGGGGGGGCGGGUGGCCGAGUCAAACCGCCAAACUCUGCUCUUUCCUCGGUCGCGGCUUGAAUCCUGGAGUAAAGGUUCCUCGAUA